AUGGCUUUUCUCCGCCACCAAAAAAGCUUCGUCUUCCCUGCUCCACCUCCAUCUCCGAUCGCCAAUGGCAGAGGAUUAAGAUCAGCCGCCGUAGACGAUCAGAUCCUCUCCGAAUAUCUCGAGAACAAUCUACGUAUCCCUGAACUUGAUCUAUACCAAUCUCGGUCUCUGUCGAUUUCACAUCGCCCGAUUCCAGAUGAAAUCGAUCUACGGUUGCUUUCUUCAAGAGACGAUGAAUCUAUUCGUCAGGUAUUGGAAUCGGUAGUUGAGUUCGGCGUUUUCAGAAUCAUCGGUCAUGGAAUCUCUGCUGAUGAAAUAGGUUCGUUGAUUGACGAAGUAGAGAUGGUUUUUCCGAUCCCGGUGGAGUUAAAGAGGGAUUUGAAUCGAGAGAAGUUCUUGUGGUUUUCUUCUGGAAAAACUAGACUACGAGGAGAGAUCGGUCCCGAAAGAAAUCGGAGCUUAAGGUAA